CACACAACGCGCAAGCAACCAAACAUCACGCUCAUCACGACAUCGCUGCCUUGCAUCGCGCGUCAUCGUGCAUCAGCUCAGAAGCCACCGUUGGUUGUCCUUCCUCGUUCCCUCCAGAUUCGUGUGUCACGGAGGUCUGGCCAGCGCAGCCAAGCGACAGCCACAGUCCAUUCUUCUUCUUUCCCACGGCUCGCCCCGAUCCAUCAUCCCCAAGAGGCACCGUGUUUCACACGUGUGCAUCAAGCACACACACACACACAAACAAAGCACAAACAAAGCACCCAAAACGGGCACACAGGCACAAGCACACGCCUGUGACAUUCAUUACACAUUACACAUGACACUACUUCCCACUCCAGCGCACACCGUUACCCAGAACAGCGAACCGCACGCGGAUCACCGUUGAAGUUGCUGCUGGCCUUGCUCAAGCUUGAGCAGUCCGUUUCUCUCGUGCCCCGCUCACCGACAAGCAGCCAAACAAGGCAACCACCCCAAACAAGCAAGCACCAGCCAAGCCAUUUGAGAUACGACAAGCAGCAAGCAGGCAACGCGCUGUGUUCAUUUCUUUCACUGCGUGAUCCCUUGUGCUAUCUUCGUCAUCCCAGCGUUUGCCUCCCUUCUUGUCCAAGCUCGUGCCCAGUGCCCUCUCCCCCCCCCCUGUGGCUCGCCACCGAUGUUGCGACCGUCGCACUGCCCACGGAAGACGGCGUCCGUCGCGGCCCAGCGCGAAGUGAGCCGGAGUGCCAGCUCUCUCAGCAGCGUCGGCAGCGGCAUGUCUGAGAGCGGGUCGUCGCGCCCGUCCACCUCCUCCAGCCAGAGCCAUCUUGACGAUGGUCGCGCCUCCCCGUGCCGCGCGCUGUCGUGGGUGCGGGAGGCCAAGCAGCUGCCGCCGCAAACGCGCGCGUAUGUAUUGGAGCUUGCCGAGGCAUUUCGCAGGAGCAACCUCAUUGGCACCCGCACCUACCACCUCCGCACCUAUCACAACGUCUUUGUCGGGCGCGAGUUCGUUGACUGGCUCCUGACGCAGGACGGCAUUGGCGAUCGCACAGCAGCAAUCUCAAACGCAGAGCUGCUGGUGACGCUCGGGCUCGCGCACCACGUGUGUGACGACCACCCCUUCAAGGACGACUUUCUCUUCUACAGGUUCUACGCGGACGAGGCCGUGAACUGCCCAUCGGUGUACACGCUCGUGCCGGCGGCGCUCCACUUUGGGCCCCUCACCCUCCAGUCGUCCAUGUUCAACACGCGCACAUACUUUGCCCUCCUCGCCCCACGUGCUGAGGUGCUGUAUCUGUUCAAGAACGACAUUGGCAGCAGCCCCGUGCUCGAACUUGAACUCGAUCCACGCGCGCCAAAGCCCGCGUCCGCCCCACUGCCAAACGGCUUCCGCGUUGUCGGCUCGCAGCAAAAGAACGGAAAACACACGCGCGUCACCCACACGUUCACGUGCGCAUCAGAGGAGCAACUGAAGCCCUGGGUGGACAUUCUGAUGCAACACGAUGUGCUUGCACGCAGGCACUCGGCGUGACGUGCACGGUGCAUGCGUGCUAGUUGACGCCGCGUCAUCACGCAACAGCUAAUUGUAACAGCGGAAGUCUUUAUCACCACCACCGCCACCCGUUUGUUUCAUCAACCUCUUCAAUCGGCACGUACCGUGUGUACCAACCUCUCCUUCACUCGUGCGUACCACGUGCACUCUUCUAUCUCUCACACCAUCUCUAGUUCUUAACGACCCUGCCUGCUGAUUAUUCCCCCCUUCUUUUAGAUAGCUAGCUAGAUCCUCCCUUAACGCGUUUGUGGCUUGCGUGUGUGAUGGUGGUGUGCCGAGUGUCUGUGAACCCAACAUGUAUUCGCACCUCACCACUGUGCGCGCGUGCCACCGUUUUGUUACUCUUCACACGCGUUGCAUUUCAUUUCUUUUGCCCCCCCCCCUGUUACCAACUGCCCUUAUGCCUUUUUCUCCACUCGUUUCUUUUCAUCUUCACGUUGUUCUUUGCUUGUGCGUAUGUUACCCGCCAACGUGUCGUGUGUGCAUUCAUCGCAACGGCAGCAGUGCAUCGAACGCACAAGUGCCUGAGCUCAUGAACGACUGACCAAACGCUUGGGUGAAUGAAACAACGAACGAACGGA